UAACUCUGAUAAGCUCGGGCCACCCGAGAUUUUUAUCGCCAAUCGAUCUCCGGAAAUUUACCUUGACCACUCACUUGCUCUCUCGAGCUCUAGACCUCUUCCUUACGUCUGGACCGGUCUCCACCUGCUGCAGGUUCCUUGAAGCCUUUUUUAAUCCUCUAUUGACGGUUUCUACUUAGACCCAAAGCUACUAUAACCAUCAAAAUGGCCGACACAGAUGAGGCCGCCAUCCACCUCCCAUCGCAUGACUCCGCGGCACACAUCGACAUGGACUUGUCCGAUGAGACGCAGGACUUUCGCAUGCUGAGCAAUCUUUCCUUCCUCGCAGAUACAUCGCAAGCUACUCUCCCCAAACGCGGUGAAAAGGACUUCGAACCGAACCCAACCCUCUACCAAGCCGAUAUCCUAGACGCCUCACGCCAGGCUAUGCACAAUGCCCUGGCACAUCCGCGGUUACACAAUCCAAAGAACCAGAUCAUUGGCAUCUACGCCCCCGAUGGACCUGCUCCGCCUCGGUCAUUAGCUACGCCAAAAACACUUGACACCAUUGCAGAGAAUGAUACCCUAGCACACACCGCCGAUGCGGAGGAAAGUCAGCCUACAAAGCCCGCAGGAACUGGGACAAACCUUCACCCGGAUUCCUGCGUCUACGUAAUGAACCCGAAAGGACAAUUCUUCAAGAACAUGGGACGUGCGGAUCGGUGGGGUCGGAUCUGGCUUCUGCCGGAGGAAGCUUUGUAUAUGCUUGAGCGAGGUAGUCUGGAUGUUAGGUGGCCGCGGUCAGCAACGGGGUGUGAGGAUGAUGGUGAGACGGAGGAUUCUGGGAUCCCGAUGAGCUUGCAGGCUGCGUAUGCGUGUUUCAUUGGACAUGGGGGUUUGACGGUCGAUCGGUUUUCAGUUUACUCCGGAUUGAGAAGGCUGGGUUACACACUUAUCCGAGCUCCUGGGUGGUACGAUGAUGCGGAGGAAGAUUUUGAGCAGCCAGAAUCGACCAAGCGACAAGGUCCUGGUCUGGCGGGGAUCUAUGGGCGGUUCAUGGAUUGGCUGCAUAGCUCUAAUACCACGGCUCUAGGACCCGUUGCUGGUCUUGGGAUCCAUCGCAGUUACAAUGAUAUCUACCGCAAGCUUUCGAUAAUUCCGUUUUACGAUCCCACAGCUCCUCUGUCCCAAGCUCCGCACACGAAACCACCCUUCCGCGUUGUAUUCUAUGUCUAUAAACCGUCUACUCCAUUCCGCAAAUCUGCUCCUCCUGCACCGGACUUUAGAGUUGCAGUCGUCAAUGCUCGCACGCAAACUACUGUACCAACACUAGCUCAACUUGGCACCCUCCUGGAGAGUACACCUCUCGAUCCGCCAAAAGGUGAGAAGAUGGAAAGAAUGCUCUACAUGCGACUCCGACAUGGAUACCGGAACGUCGUGUUAGCGGUUGUCGACCAAGGCGUUGUAAGCUACCUCCGGGUCGCCGAUGCGGCGUUUGGAAAGGAGAAGCUAUACAAUAGACCUGCUCCUUCCGGGAACAAAAGAGGUGCGAAUCAUCGCAAUCCCCGGCCGAAGCCCAAGCCCAAGGGCCGGUGAUGCCGACCAUUAUUGGCAAUGAUUCUGGUUUAUUGAUAAACACGAUACCAAGAAAGUUUUCUAGACAUACACGGCAGUACCAGACUAUGGGGCGACAGCAGACCAUUUUGGUUAUGAAACCACACUACUCCUGGUCUGCCAUAAAGUAUGGUAUGAAACAGAAAUGUCUCCCCAUGAAUAAG